GCGUCAAUGUGAGAGACGAUAUACUUCCAUCAGGCUACUUGCCUACUUAGACUUUUACUGGUAAUAAAAGCAACGUUGCAGCAAUGUACAAGAAGCUUCAGGUCGUUUUCUUCUGCCUAAUGGCUGCCAAUAUGGCGUCUGCCCGGCCAGGAUAUCUUGGCCACGGUUACCCCUACGCCGCAGGAAUACCCCACGCAGCACCCCUGCCCGUCCACGACACCCCCGAAGUUGCCGCCGCUAAAGCUGCCCACUUCGCCGCUUAUGGCGCUGCUGCUUCUGCAGCCGCGGCUGCACCAGAUCAUGGUGCUUAUGGUGGUCAGUAUGGUGGAGCUUAUGGCGGUCAUCAUGACGAUGGACAGUACCAUGAAGGGCUUUAUGGUGGUCAUCAUGAUGAUGGACAAUACCACGAAGGACCUUAUGCCGGUAAUUAUGGUGGCCACUAUAACGGCCCUCUUGCCGGGGUCCCGGUUCUUGUAAACGGAGUCCCUGCUGACACUCCUGCCGUGGCUGCAGCCAAGGCUGCCCACUUCGCAGCUCAUGCUCAUGUUAGUGGCCAUCACUACGGUUAAGACAACACCCCAUCAGACUUAUUUGCUAACAGGCUGAGUACUUUAUAAAAUAAACGAUAUUUAUUAAAAUUUUAUCCAAGUUCUUGCCUCUGUAGUAUUGGUCAAUGUCUCUUCAUCUAAUUAAACUCGCUGAUUACCGGUCUUUCAUUGGGUUUGAAUGAAAAAAAUCUGGUUUAAAACUAACGUAUCACAUUUUCAUGCUACAGCUCAAAUCACGCAAUGUAUGGCGACUUUAAUUUCCAAAACGAUGUUAUUUUUAAUAUAUCCUGCACAUACUACAAUCUUUCUUACUUUCACCUUUGUUUUCUUCCGUGCAAUAUAAAAUUUUAAAAAAAAGACUAAACAAUGAAAAAGAAAAAAUAUCAACAAGCAAAUAUUAAUGUAGUUAUAACAUAAUGAUCGAUAUUUAAUAUAAAUAUCAUAAACUUCGUAUG